AUGACACUGAGUGGUACAUUCCUCCGAAGCAGGGACCGCGUCCAUUCUCCUUCGGGUGGGAGUGGAAGUGCUCUGCGCACAGUGGGCACGCUGCUGAUAAGGCUGUCUGGUCAGGGAAGUGGACCGGGAACAGCGCAUUUCCUGCUUCGCCUGUGCAAAUCCCAGGCGGGGCCAAGCGGGAACGGGGACACGGUCGAGGAGUCGCCCGCUUCCAGGGCGGAGUUGGGGGGCAGCCUCGAGGGGACACGCCGGACCAGGGAGGGAUGCACGUGGAGGGAGUGGGAGAGGGCCUCCAAGUCAAAUGUAUAUUCCCGUCCUGGGGCGAGGGGAGCGCGCAUCCCCAAAUUCCCUCUCGCUGUAGCCCUUUUUUUUCAGUCCCCACGGGGAGAGGCCGGCGCAGCAGAGGACAACGGCAUAGGUUGGGUAGGACCCGCACUGCAGCAUCUGCGGGGCUCCGACCUGGGACGGACCUCCAAGGCCGGGGGCGAGCAGCAGCAGAGCCGGUGGCGGCGAUCUUCCGGGCCAUUCCCUCCCCCCUACCCCUCCCCUCCCGCCUGCGACCUUCGACCUCCAUCCCGGACCCACGGGGAACUGGCCCGGGGACAAGGAGGAGACGUUAAAGGGAUACCAUUGUCUAGUCAUCCACGGGCCGCCUGGAGUUUUCCCAGGAUUUGCAGCGCGCACUCCCCUCCCCCGCCCCCACAGACUUGCUUUCCAGCGCCAACCCGGAUCUGCCUAGGUGCCCACGGGUCCUUCCCGAUCGACUUGAGUGUCCUUCCUCCAGCUCUUGCUUUCCCAGCAUCGAAAACACAAAAGCCUGCCGGAAAUCACCCAGCCUUUGCCUGGUCACUCAGGGGCCCACGGAUAAGCGUGGCUCCGAUUCCUCCAUGUCAAACCCACGGUUCGCCACCUACCCGAGUUAAUUUCUGCGCCCGCUGACCAAAGGCCCCAACUGGCAACGGGCACAGCUUCUUGGUGCGCUAGUCGCUUCCUUGCCCAGCCUGUCAAGCCUCAGGUCCGGCCCAGGGACCCGGGGACGUGAGCGCAAUUAGUAGCCGGGAGUCCUGCGACCCUGGACCGUGCAGUGCUAAGGCACCCGGCCGGCUAUGCGAGCGGUGUACUCGGCUCUUACUUGUGAAACUUGUUUUCCCCAACCCCCUGCGUAAAUCUCUCGUGUUGAGAAAAGCAAGGCUUGCAGGAAGCCACUCCGGAUGUUUGCUGCUUUACAUGUGGCAUUUGUGGCUGGCUCUGAUAACGUCCCGGGGCACCAUGUAUUAAAGUGAAGAGACUGAAAUAGAAGGCUCCACACACCGCGCGCGGGUCAGCGACGUCGCCGCCCUCCACACUGCCCCCCGAAAAUAAAUGACAAGCGAAUGAUCAGAAGAAAUGAGAUCUAACUGGGUCACAGUAUGUAAAAGGGACUAGAGUUGGAAGACCACCACAAUUCUCCCCUGUAAAUUUGUAAACUGUGAAUUUAUGAUCCCAGGGAGGGUGUUAUAAGAAGUAGGGGGAGGGGCGCCAAAAUCUACUCCAACUUAUGAUGUGUACUUUCACCUGAUUUCUCUUACCCGACCAAGAUCCGUCCCCAGGAACAAGGGCAAAUAAAAAUAGGGAAACUCGGCCGGGCGCGGUGGCUCACGCCUGUAAUCCCAGCACUUUGGGAGGCCAAGGCGGGCGGAUCACCUGAGGUCAGGAGUUUGA